UCAUCCAUGGCAAAAUACACUUCUCUUUUCAUACUUACAUGGCUAUUUGCCUAUUGCAUUUCAAAAAAUAUUGCACAUUCAUCUCAUCAUAAAACUCAAAACAAAACGUCACCACAUUCUAACAUCCCUACAUAUCCUCGCCCAACUAGCAAGUUGAUGAACAAAAUCGACUCAUGUUGGAGGCCCGACCCAAAUUGGAUCCUAACCCGGAAAAAAUUAGCCGAUUGUGCCAUAGGAUUUGGCAGUGGAGCCAUGGGAGGGAAGAAUGGGGCUAUAUACGUCGUAAAUGACCCGUCUGAUGAUCCGAUUAACCCUAAAUCGGGUACGCUCCGUUAUGGUGCAAUCCAAGCCCAACCACUAUGGAUCAUAUUCGAAAGCGACAUGGCUAUUACUCUUGAAAACGAGUUGAUCGUGAAUAGUUAUAAGACCAUUGAUGGUAGAGGGUUCCGCGUAGAGAUAUCAAACGGGCCGUGCAUUACUGUCGAGGGCGUGAGCCACGUUAUAGUCCAUGGGCUUAGCAUCCACGACUGCAAGCCCGGGAAGCCCGGCUUGGUCCGGAGUAGCCCGGAUCAUGUCGGGCAUAGGCUUGGUAGCGAUGGAGAUGCUAUUACUAUUCUUGGUUCGUCCAAUAUAUGGAUCGAUCAUUGCUACCUUGCUAGUUGCACAGAUGGUCUCCUUGAUGUCACACAUGCAUCUAAUUUUGUUACUCUUUCCAACAAUUACUUCACUCAGCAUGACAAGGUGAUGUUGUUGGGACAUAACGAUGAAUUUACAGAUGAUAAAAUCAUGAAAGUGACGGUAGUUUUUAAUCACUUUGGCCCUGGAUUGGUGCAAAGAAUGCCAAGAGUUCGAUACGGUUACGCCCAUGUAGCCAACAACAGGUACGAUGAGUGGAUAAUGUAUGCCAUUGGUGGGAGUGCCGAUCCAACUAUACUCAGUGAGGGGAAUUAUUUUGCAGCUUCCAAUCAACCUCAUGCUAAAGAGGUGACAAAACGCGAGACGAGGAACAAUUGGAAGAGCUGGAAAUGGAGAUCCACGAAGGACGUAUUCAUAAAUGGGGCGUAUUUUGUGCCAUCAGGAUAUGGGAGUGUUGCUCCAAAUUAUUUGCCAUCACAAAACUUUGCAGUCGCUUUGGGAUCAAUGGCUCCUGCUUUAACAUCUGAUGCUGGCCCUCUCUUUUGUUCACCUCAUCAACAGUGCUGACCCUUCCACAAUCCCUACCAUGUCGUUUUCUAAUUUAAUUUCUCUACUUUGAAUUAUUCCAAUAUAUUUUUCCUUUGCUCCAGUUUUUUGGGGGUUGAGAAUGAGUUGCUGCUUGCCCCGUUGUAACUUUUUGAUAUGUUUGUGAUUUUAUGUAAAUGUCCUAUAUCGAUUUGGCAAAAGAAAUUAUUUAUAUAACUAUUAAUAAGUUUGGAGUA